UAUUAUUAUUAUUAUUAUUAUUUAUUUUAUUUUUUUUUUACCGAAAUUCGACCGUAAACCAUAAAUCACCCCGCUUACAAAUUGUAAAUGACCGGAAGGACGCUGCUGGUCACCAUGGCAACGAGGACGCCCUCGUGCACCUGCUGCACUGCGGCACCGGAAGCGCGCGCAGACAGGAACAGGAGCGGCUGACCGGCUCAGAGAGGAGAGCUGCGUUUAGCAUCAGCCCGCUAAAACGUUAACCUAUUUACAUCUGCAAAUAUUUGUGUUUAUUUUUCUGCGACUGCGCAUCAAAUCCACUGAUAAGAGACGCCAUUAAUCCCGUUUUAACACCGCGAGCGCAUUAAUGCUGCAACCGGUCAUCACGAGCUAAGCCUUUUUAUAUAAACAUACAUCUAUACAUGUAUAACAACAUGCAGCUGUUUGUAUUCUAUAAACCAUAUAUCCGGUGUGAUUCCUCAUUGAGAUGGACAUGUGUUCAAGGCGCUCAGGAACGGCUGUAAAAGGACAAUAGCGUCACUGUGGGGAGAAGAAACACAAAAUAAAACAUCAUGAAUCGUCUUUGUAACGUGAACAAUAAUUUCCCGUACGAUAACAGUCUCCUGGUGUUGGACAUGGUUCUGCGGUCGCUAUGGGGAACCACACAGCCAAUCAACUGGGAGAACGUAGCCCGCCUAGUUCCUGGUUUCACUCCCAAAGAGUGUGCACGCAGGUUUGAUGAGCUGAAGAGCACAGGGAGUUUCCCCCUGGUAGACGAGCAGUGUAACACGCUGACUGGGGCCAGUGGCUGUCCAUCUGAACCGCUCUCCACUUACAUCCGAUCCAAUUUAUUGGACCUCACCAGGGAGACAGGGGAGCCACCGACCAAUCAGAGCGCACUCUCAGUGUCAGGACUGAGCGUGACCCCUGUUGUUCGAGGAGCCAGUGCUGAGACUGAGAACACUGCGAGUACAGAAGAUGAAGAGAAGGAAGACCGGGGAAAGAGCCCUAUCAUGGUGAUCCACGUGUGUGACGAAGCGAAGAACCUGAAGCAGGAUUUUGAGUGUCCACGUGACCUGUUGGUCAGAGAAAUGCGCUACUUCGCCGAGUACCUCUCCAUGGACGCCCAGCGCUGGGAGGAAGUGGACAUCUCGGUGCACUGCGACGUCCAGAUCUUCGACUGGCUCAUGAACUACGUCAAGAGAAGCUCUGCGGCGGAAGAUGAACCCGAGAAACACGUCGAAAAGCCAACUCUGGAGCCCAGCAAUGUCAUCUCUAUCCUGAUCUCAUCCGAGUUCUUGAAGAUGGAUGCUUUAGUGGAGGAGUGUAUUCAGUACUGUCACGAACACAUGAGCGCCAUCGUCGCCACUCCGUGCAACAUGAGCUGCAUCAACAGCAACCUGGCGUCACGCAUCGCCCUGCUGUUCACACACAACCAGGCAGACAACAUCAAGGACAAAAAGGACAAGUUUAAAAGUAAAGUGUUCCAGAAAAAGAUCGAAAAGCUGUUUGAUCCAGGUUUUGAGAAUCACGACUCUCCAGGAAACGCUGCUACGCUGUACAGGUGUGGUCUUUGCCUUAAGCUUCUCACCAAAGACACAGAAAGGAAGAUCUCGUGCGUUCCGGGCAAAAUCAACAUCAACUAUCACGGGGACAUCGUCUACACACACAGCAGGCAAAAGGGAUGGGACAUCCAUGAGUAUCUCAACAGCUUAUAUGAAGAGCUGAAAUCAUGGGUUCUGGUUUACUGGAGGAUCUGGGGUGCCAUUAAUUAUCUCACCUGCUCGUACUGUAAACAGGUUUUCCUCUGCUGUGAGCUGGCUCAGUGCAGGUAUCACCCCGAGGCUGUGGUGUACCCAGGCCUGGGCGCCGAUCACAGUGAGCAUGGUGCCGGGAUCUACCCCUGCUGCAAGCAGAGAGCUCUUCGCUUUGACCCAGCUGCCAUGUCCACGGGUUGUAAGAUGAGGGACCAUGUGGUAAAUGCUGCAGAACCUGGGGACUGUGAAGGCAACAUGAACUCUGUCCAGACUCGAAUACUGAAUGACCUGCUGCUUCACAGAGACGCUGUGUGUGUGAGCUCCCCAACAGCUACGGACAGUUCUGCGGAGUCACCUAAACAGGGUGAGCAAGUGCACGACUGCGACAUCACACUGGACCAUGCAGCCCUAAAUGUUCAUCAGGCUAGAGAAAUCACUGCUUUUUCCCUUUUGAAGAACUGGAGUCUGCAGCUGCGGCAGCAGUCUUUGUUGUCUGAGGAUGAGGACUACACUACGGGGUCAGAGGUCACAGAGGACGAAGUCGGGGAUGAAGAUGACACAUCAAAGAAACAAGCUGUAAAAAAGCCUAGAAAACCAGGCAAGCUUUUGAAGAGACAAGUGUCCUCACCCAUACUGCACAAAGAGCGAGCUGGAGGAGAUAAGGGCGCUUCAAAGGACUCCACCCCAUUCACAGUGAGCAUGCAGAAGAGUAAAUGGGACAGCACUCGCUCCUUGAGGUUCAACCAGGAUGCCCAGAGGGAGGAAGACCAAAGGAGAAUGGUGGAAAUUACUGAGCAUCUCACGAACAUGCGCUUUGGUGAUUUGGAACAGAGCAGGUUAAAGGACACUAAGGAGCUUGCAGGAGGUAUCUACUCCAAGUUGGAGGCGCAGUUUAAGAGCUCCACUCAGCUGAGUAACAGACAGAGCAGCUCAGACAAAACACUCCGGGCGAAGACGCGCUCUGGACAGUCUAGACCAACGUGAAAGAAAUAACAGGAGAGAUGGAUGUGCUGACACGCAUGUGAAUGAAACAAGAGACUUGUGUAAGAGGUGUAAAAAAAAAAAAAAAAAAAACCCAACACGUCCUUUUAAUCAUCCUUCUUAUCCAGCGUCCUUCUAUCCAGCCCUUUUCAGACCGUCGAAAGGCCUGCAAUAUCGUACCGGAAAAUCAUAGACGCAGCAGAAAUGGAUUAAAAUACACUGGAAAAGAACAGCAUCGCAAAAGCUUUCGGAAACUUUGCCUUCUCCUUUAUAUAUUGUGCUGCUAGCUUCAUAAGAGUACCUUGUCCUUCUUUUCCUUUAUCUUUCAUUUGGGCACUCGUAAUUCCUGUCAAUAUCAUUCUGUAACCCGUUAUAUACAUUGUGCUAUAUACAUUCAUGGUCCUCAUGUUCUGAUCUCAGGUGAACAAACCGCUCCAACCCUGCUGUAGUAAUCUGCACUUUAAUCUAUCAUAAACAAACACAACAAAACGAUCUAGAUCCAGAUUCUCUACAAUAAACAAAUGGAAGCUGAA